UCAUCCAAAUCCCUUCAACCAAUCCCAAAUCUUCAACCACAUUCAACUCUUUUCUUUUAUAUUUUCUUUCAUAUUUUUUUUCCACUUUCAUAUAUAUUUUCUUUUCCAAUUUCAUCAGCAACGACAAGGUCUUCCUUCAUCUUCAUAUUCAUCCAGCUUUUCCACCAACUCCUGUUAACAUCCACAAUUAUUUAUCAUGAAUCACACCACACACUCAUUGAACCAGUAAACAGAGAAUCCAAUCAGAAAUGGUAGGUAACAGUAACCUAAAGAAGUGGAAAUUCUCCUUACACAAAUCAUCUCCGGCACCGGAGAAACCAAAAACAAAAUCCAAAUCAAAAUCGCAACCGAAGCCUCUAGAUGAAUUCAUCUGUCCGAUUUCCGGUUCACUGAUGUUCGAACCGGUCGUAGUUUCCUCCGGCCAGACUUUCGAACGGAGAUCCGUUGAGGUAUGUCGAAAACUCAAUUUUAUUCCGGUUAUUGACGGAUCUAAACCUGAUUUUUCGACUGUUAUACCUAAUUUAGCGCUCAAAAAGGCGAUUCGUAACUGGUGCCAGUCCACCGGAGCGGAUUUGCCUUGCGACGCACCGGAUUAUAGCUCCGUUAACGAUUCUGUUACGAAAUUGAUGUUGAAAUCGAGUGAGUGUGACGGUGAUGUUAGGUUUAGGGUUUCAGAACGAGAUUUGAUUGCGAAAAUGGCGGAGAAACCAGCGGUUGUGUUAACGCAUGCGCAAACGCAGUUGAAUCCUAGAUCUGUUUAUCAUAAUCGGUUUUAUUCAUCGAGUUCUGAAGAAUCGGUGAUCGCGAAUGUUCCGGAUACGCCGCCGUUACCGUUAGUUACACGGCCGUUGUGUUAUUCGUCAUCUCCGUCUGCGUCGACCUCAUCAGAGGUUGUUGUUGAUGAAACCGAAACUCUAUAUAACUCGUCUACGUCAGACGAGCAAAGUUUUGUAAUGAAACUGCAAAACGUUGACGUUUUUGAACAGGAACAGGCUGUGAUUUUGCUCAGGAAGGUUACUAGGACUGAUGAGGAAGCUAGGGUUUUGCUCUGCACGCCGCGGCUGCUCGCAGCGCUCCGUCAGUGUGUGAGUUCGAAGUACGUUGUUGUGCAGACGAACGCGGUUGCUGCUCUGGUGAAUUUGUCGCUGGAGAAGACGAAUAAGUUGAAGAUAGUUCGGUCGGGGAUUGUUCCGCCGUUGAUUGAGGUGUUUAAGAGCGGAUGUUCUGAAUCUCAGGAGCAUGCUGCUGGUGCACUGUUUAGUCUGUCACUGGAGGAAGAGAAUAAGACGGCUAUCGGUGUGUUAGGCGCGUUGCAGCCGUUGCUUCAUGCGCUGCGGUCGGAUAGCGAGCGGACCCGGCAGGACUCGGCUUUGGCUUUGUACCAUCUCUCUUUGGUGCAGAGUAACCGAGUCAAGCUUGUGAAACUUGGUGCUGUUUCAACUCUGUUGACACUGCUGGAAACAGGUCUGGCUGGACGAGUGUUAUUGGUGUUAUGCAAUUUAGCGGCUUCCAGCGAGGGGAAAUCAGCGAUGCUUGAUUCGAAUGCGAUUGAAUGUUUGUUUCAGAAGUUGAGGAAUGAAAAGGAGGACUCGAAUGAGUCAACUCGGGAGAACUGUGUGGCGUGCUUGUAUUCGCUGAGUAUUGGAAGCAUGAGGUUCAAGGGCUUGGCUAGGGCGGCAAGAGCGACGGAGGUGUUACGUGUGGUGGAGGAGACUGGAAGUGAGCGUGCGCGAGAGAAGGCGAAACGGAUGCUGAUGAUGCUUCGUGAACGGGAUGAUGAAGAAGGCAGGGAUUGGGAUGCUCUGUUGGAGGGAGGAAUGACUCAAUCUCGGUACCGAGGCAUUUCAACCGAGUUCUGAUGGUUUAUAGCAAAAUGGUCUUUGUCAAUUUGAUUUAAUGUUAAUGAUUUUUGGGUUGUUGCAAUGUAAUUUAUGCUAGGGUGGAAGAAAGUUGUAAAUGUUGUAUAUUUUUUUGUACUAGUUGAUAGCUGAUUGAUCAGUGCCGGUUCUAUAUUGGAAA